AUGGGUGCCGAGAACGAGCCGCUCCUGGUCGUGUACCAAAAGGGCGAGUCGCAGCCGCACAUGGGCGACUUUGAUACAUCGGGUAUCCACGACUCUUCCCAGGAGAUCUACCGGGCUGCCGCCGAGGCCCGGCGUCUCCGCCGCCGCCGCAAAAUCCGCCGGGCCCACCAUUUCUUCUGCACUCUCUUGAUCGUGACCAUUGCCUUUUACACCCACGGGUUCGGCCUUCCGGCCCUCUUCUCGAAAGUCUUCCGUUACCAUUCGUACAACGGCAGCGGCGACUUCGUUGGGCUCGGCUCAACACCCCUGGAUGGACCCCUCGAGCUACCCGACGACUCGUUCUGCUCUUCGCACGGUACGCCGCACACGUACCCGGUGUCGUCGUACCCGCUCACCUUUGACGGCGAGCACAGCCUGACCAUCCGCCAAAACACCACGCGGCACUUGGCACCGCCGUACGAUCCACCGCGGGACGACGAUGACGACCACCGGUGGCGGCAUGUGCACGUGUCCGGCGAGGUAGUUGUGCGGCAGGUGGUCGAUGGCAAGGAGCCGUCCGUCGAGGUCGAGGCGCUGUCCAACGACGACCGGAUCCGCACGACGUAUGUGUUUGGCGAGUCCGGACAGCACCUCAAUGUGAUUGUGGACGACCGCAUCUGGGUGGAAAAGGGCGAGUGGCGCGGUGGCCGACUCGCCGCGUGCCUGGUGGUGCGUGUGACGGUGUGGGUGCCCGACGCCUCUGCCUCUGCCUCCGCAGCCAAAGACAAGGACAAGGACAAGGAGGUGCACCUCCAGGCGCUGUACAUUGGCGCCGUGCACCUGGGCGUGCAGCUCAUUGACAACCUGGACCUGAUUGUGGACGAGUCGGCGCGGCUGUCGUCGGUCGUUGGCAGCAUCGUGGCGUCGCGUGCACUGCCUGGUGACGAUGCAGAGACGAGCUCGGUGGGAGUGGCUGAGGCCAAGAACUGCCACGAGGUCAUGACGGAGUCGAUUGCGUUUGCGGCGGGCUACCGCUUCGAGGCGCCCAAGACGACCGCGGCCUCGACGUCGGGCCCCAUCCGCGGACCCUGGUCGCUGCUGGAUAGCCUGCACCUCCAAACGGUGUCGGGCUCCAUCAACGUGGCCGUGCGUCAAGAGGGCACCGUCGACGAGCACAAGGAGCUGGCCCAUCUCAGCGUCGAGUCUGUGUCUGGCAGCAUCGGGCUCCAGGAAGUGACCGAGGAAGGCGUCAAGGAGGGUGUCAUUCCCCGUCCCCACCGCCUCACUGUCUCGACGCGCUCCGGUACGACACACGGCAUCGCCUCGUUUGCACACUCGGCCCGCUUGCACACCGUCUCGGGCAGCAUUGCCUUUGCCCUGGCGCCGCAGCGCCUGGCCGAGAACGUCCGGGGCGAUGAUGACGGUGACGAAUACACCCCAGCCCUGCUCGACACCGACACGAUCAGUGGCAAGACCGUCGUCUACCUGCUCAACGAGACCUCCAGCAACACCGCCAUCGACUUCCUCGAGUCCACACACCACACCGUGUCUGGCGCCGUGGAGCUGCAUUACCCGGCUUCGUGGGUCGGCGACAUCCACCUCAAGACGGUUGCCGGCGGUGCGCUGGUCGUCGAGGGCAAGGGUGUGCACGUCGUGCCGGACAACAAGCCGAAGUGGCCGCCCAAGGUUGGCCGCAAGGUCGACGCGAUCAAGGAGGGCACGCGCGAGGAGGAUCGCGGAAAUGCCGAAGGCCACAGGUCGACGCUGAAUGCGGACACCGUUAGCGGCCGUAUCCGGCUGUCGUUCCCGGAGUAG